AUGUCGAUGCAUACUGUGAGUGUCCUUGUUGCUGCAGGUUCGAAAGCGUCAGUAUAAAUGAUUUCCACCAAUCAUGAUUUAAUAGAAGAAAACGCUUUUCAUUUUCUCUUUAUCGCACCUCGCUCCUGUCACUCUCACUCUUCUAUCGAAGAUUUACAUUUAGUUGUUAAUGCUUAUGCUUACGCCGUAGUAUCUAUAGUUGCCUUGAGCGCAUUCUUGAGGCCAGAUUUGAGCUUAGGUCUGCUAGAUGAACAUCGCCACUAUAUGUAUCUUGGAAGAAAAAAAAUUUUAUUGACAACUACUACUACUUCUACUAGAAUCAACACGAAAACAAAUUCUCAGAAUUUUCGAUAAGAAGAACUAACUCUAACAUACAACCCAUUUUUUAUGAUUACGACAGACAAGUGGAAGCAAAUCGAAAUUCUGUAUUUCA